GUUUGCACGUAUCUCUCAAAGUUCGUAAGUCGAGUGUUCGUAAGUCGAAGAGUCCCGGGACAAAUAAAAAUCCUGAUGACUAGAGGUAAAAACCCUCCCAUCUGGCAAGCCCCAUCCCUCCCCUCCCCAGCUACGCACGCCCCUCCCCGUGGGCGGGGCCACACUGCCAAGCUCCUCCCACCCACCCAACGGUCGCGACCCCGGCGGACCAAUCAGAAAGAGGCUCCACCGACUGCUGACCAAUCAGCGGGCGGCGAAUUGGCGUUCGAAUCUGAGCCCGGGCAUCGGUUGUUGACGCUACUCGGCGGUGUUCGUCUCCGGUCAGCUUCUUCACCGUUCGCCCAUAUAUUAUAUCCAUCACCUUUAUUGUCAUUUUUUUCGGCUGAUUUCGCCGGCGGGGAUUGCGAGCGCCAUGGCGAGUGAGCUCGAGGAGGACGGCAACGGCUGGGAGCUGAGCAAGGAGAACGUGCGGCUCCUGCCCGGGGGAAGAUCUGCGGCGGCCAUCAACGAAGCGUUCCAAAAGCAGGAGGCGACGGACUGCGCGGAGCAGCUGCGGCGGCAGAAAAUAGCUUUUGAAACGGAAAUACGGCUGUAUUCUGGUGAAGAUCCUUUGGACGUCUGGGACAGGUAUGUGAACUGGACAGUGCAGAUGUUUCCUCAGGAAGGCAAAGGCAGCUGUUUGUCUGAACUGCUCGAGCAAGUCAUUGACCGGUUUAAAGAUGAAGCCAUUUAUCACAACGAUAUGCGUUUUGUUGGACAUUGCUUAAAAUUUGCCUCUUCUCUUCUGGAACCCAUUGAUCUGUACAACUACAUGUAUUCUGUUGGCAUUGGAAAAAACCUUGCCAGAUUUUACAUUUCGUGGGCUACCGAGUAUGAAAUGCAAGAAAACUACAAGCAAGCAUCUGAUGUUAUCACGAAUGGAAUCCAGCAAAAUGCUCAGCCACUCGACAAGUUGCAUUGUUAUCAAAGGCAAUUGGACUCAUGUCUUGCACGGAGGAUUAUCACUCAGAUGUCUGACGCCCAAAAUGAGCCAGAAGAAACGACCAGCCAGGAAGAGCAGCGCAUGGCAUUUUCAGCCCUAAAGGUCGUUGGGAAGAAGGCACAGGCGCCUGUCAUACGUGUUGGCAGCACAGUCAGUGGUCCACCAGGCAUAAUAAACAUGCAACCAAAGUCUGGUCAUCAGCAACAGUGCAGACAGACGUUUAUACCUCUGGAUGAGAAAAAGGUUGUCAUGCCACCAGAAAUCCUUGAUGAGCAGCCAUGGCUUGCCCCACCUCCCCGCACAGCCCAAGAGAAUGACGUCAAGCCUAAGCCCUGGAACAAAAUACGGUAUAAGAAAAAUCCUUCCGGUGGACUGCACAAUGAUGCUCCUUCAAGACCCAGCUUUGUUACUUAUGUGGAUGAGCCUGGCGCAAACCCAGACCCAUCAAUACCGACUCCAAGAAAGCUCGACCCACUAACAAACAAUGUGCUGAGUGCACGUAAGCCAGCUAAAAGUGAAGGUUUUCUUGAACGCAUCCAGAACCAUGAUACAAAUGAUAAAACCAAGGUCAUGUACUGCAAGGACAAGCUCGAUGCUGGGCUGCAAGAAUUCAGCAUGGAGGAGCUGAGAGCAGAACGAUACAAGCAGAAGAUUUGCCGAAACCAAGAUGAGAAAAAAGCCAAGGAGAAAAUGGAGGACAGUUUCCAAAUGGAAAGGUUACAAUUGCAUAAUGGGAGAGAGAAGUGUGGGAUGUUGCUCGAGGAAGUCGUCAAGACACUGAAUGAAAUGAAGAGCAUGCAGGUUUGGCCUCCGGCUGCCGGCCUACCUGUUUACUCACAGGGAAUAUGCACGCAGGAUGAGGUGCUGUGUCAACAGGAACCUCCACUGCCACCUCGAAAGAACAUUCAAGAAAUGCCAAGGAAACAGAAUCCUGUUGUGGUUCCAUCGUUGCAAGAGAACCAACAGCCUACUGCUCCACGCAAUGUGCUGUCUGACAAGUCCACAAUCACAGUUCAAAGCUUAAAUUUGAACCAAUUGAGGGAACCGGAGCAUUCCCCUCUGCACAAGAGAUCGUGUCCUGCUUCUCUACAGUGUAUCAAGCCAUUCCAAGAUCAAUCCACAGUUGUUCAGGCACUCGACCUGGAAAAUGGAAAUGAGAUGCAUAAGUCGAAUGAAAACAGCUUUCCAUCAGAAGACAAUGAAUCUUUGGCCAAGAAAGCAAACCCAAACAGCAGUGUACUCCAAAGGAGCCAGGAGGCAAACACAUCGGCUGUGACACCCAAGCAACUGAGUGCCGGGCCUUCAUCCAACCUCACUUCCCCAUCACCCUACAGACAGCAGGACCCCACGUUCAAUACUAAAGAAGCAAUGGGGUUUAUCAUGUCCAUAUUCAGUGGAGCACCUGUGGCCAAUGAUGAGGAUGAUGUCUUUGCCAACCAAGAUAUCCGGAUGUUUGAGGCACUUUGCAGCAAGCAGGCUGAUGAGCCACCGAAUGCAUUUGCAAAAAAUGCAUUUACAAUCUUUGAAGAAAGUUUAAUCACGAACAGGUCCGACGUGAAGAAUAAUCUGGAUGAACCCAGCAGUCCUGAAUAUAUGCAUGCAGCUGCAGGCCAUGAAAAUAACCCCAGUCAAAAGAGUGAGGACCUUGAUGGGUUUGACCCAAUGAUGUGGAACCAUACGACAGACGCCAUGGCACCACCGAAUCAGACGCUUGGAUGGAUCCCGGAAAACACACGGCAAUUUGCUCAGCUGGCUCCACUGAUGUCCACACCCUUCUCCGUGUGCCAGGACACACACGACGAUGCAGAUGAGAACUCAGAAAAUAAGUUGAUGAAGCCGGAUAUGCAACGUCCUUACCAAGGCAUCUCCUGCUUUAUGAGAACUUACACUUCUCCACAGAAACGGCUCAGCCCAAUUGGCGAGAUCAGCAAUGAGACCGCACGUUCUUCAUCGUCGUCAUCCUGUGCAUCCAUCACCUCUUUAAAGACGACACCCAACACAGACAGUAUCGACCCACAAGCAAAGUCAGCAACACCAGUCCAGUCUGAUACCGUUAAGAUUUUGUUUGAAGGGGAUACAAAACCAGAAGAGACGGUGGCCACACUGUCAAGCCAAUCUUGCAUGGACAAAAACGUGGUAAUGCCCUCUUCUCUACCUAGUGCUCCGAGAUUGAAACCAGAAUCUCAAAGCAGUUUUCGACACUCAGUAGUUGAUGAGAAUGAAGAAAACAAAGAUAUGCACUUGAAGGAUAACCUGCUAAAGGAGCCACAGCAAAUUCAAAGUGGAUGUAUUGUGGAGAGGCCUUGGAACCCAGUGCUUAUUGAAUCUCUGCUCUCACAGCUGAAGACACCUUUAGAGUCUUUACCCAAUUUCUUCUGCAGUAAUGAAUGCAUUCCCAACGUAAAUCUGACAUCUAAACUUCAGCUUGGGCCCACAAUGUACCAUGUGCAAUCCUUAGUCGGGGAUGGUGCUUUCGCCAAAGUGUAUUGUGCUGUUGCCUCCAAACCUGAUGGAUUCGAUGAGAAAGUUGCAUUGAAGGUUCAGAUGCCAGCUCACCCGUGGGAGUUUUACAUGUGUACCCAGUUGAAGACACGGUUAAGCCCUGUUAAUUUGGACCUCUUCAUUAAUGUGAACUCGGAGCAUAUAUACCAAAACGGCAGCAUCCUGAUUGGGGAGUUGCAUACCUGCGGAUCACUCCUGGAUGUUGCAAAUUGGUUGCAUCAGCAAACUGCAAAGAUUUCCCAUCAAGCAUUACUGCUCUACAUGGCAACCACGAUGUUAUAUGUGGUGGAGCAGCUACACAUGGCAGGCAUCAUCCAUACGGACAUCAAGCCGGACAACUUUGUGCUAACUAACAGGAACAAUAGGUGGUCAUACAACAUUGAAGACUGCCUCUCCUCCAGGCUGGUGCUGAUUGACUUCGGCCAGAGCAUUGACCUCAGUCUCUUUCCUUCUGGCACGGUCUUCAAAGGCUCCUCAGAGACCUCUGCUUUUCAGUGCAUUGAGAUGUUGACUGACGAACCAUGGAAGUUCCAGCCCGAUUACUUUGGCAUUGCCAGCACAAUGCACUGCCUGAUUUUUGGAAAGUACAUGGAGGUCUACAAAGAUGGAGAUCUGUGGAAAAUGAAAAGUACCUUAAAAAGGUGGCACUUUCCAGUGUGGAACCACUUCUUCUCCACGCUGUUGAAUGCACGAGACUGCCACUCUACAAACAUCUUGGUGGACCUGCGCGCGCACUUGCUGCAGUUCAUGAAGAAUGAUGAACGUACCUUUCAGAGCCACCUGAUGUCCGUCUGGCGGGACUUCUGUGCCUAUCUGAAUCAGAAAGUAGUGCGCAAGAAGUGAAGAAUGUCUUUCCUCCUAAACAUGUGCCUGCAUUAAAGUGAUAUGCUCUCAAUACGAGUUAUGUUAUAUCUGUCGACGAGCACCAAUACGAUAGUGUUCAUUUUUGGAACAUAGUGAUCAUUUGGAAGUAAACAUAACAGGAGUAAAUUUAAUGAAAACAAAUCCAAUAUCUGUCUACUGCUCGAUGAAGGUAACUUUUCCCAUACCUAUUUUACUAAGCCCCUGAAUUCCAGGCGUGCUGUUUAUUUACCUACAUUUCAGUUGAAUGUGGCAUUGGUUUCACUUAUGUGUGCAGUUAAGAAAUGUUUUUUACAUUGUAUAAAUAAGCUAGGUGUACGUUAAAAUGUUUCCUGUUAACACUUUGGUUCUAUUCUGAUAAAGCCUAAAUGUCAUUUGCAUAAAACCGAAGUAUGUGUCCCAUUGUUUUUGGUAUAUAUUUAGAAAUGUGGUAGUUUCACAUAAGGCAGUGGUUAUCGAUAUUUUAGUUAAUUCGGCCCCCAAAUCAAGACUACUGGUGAUUAAUGCACCCCCCCCCCACCCCAGGUUAUUAUGGCCACAAUAUAAAAUCACGUCCUCUGCAGUGUUGGCGAGGCAUUUGUUUGAAGUGUUUUCUUGAGCCUUUUCACCGCAAUUUGGCACUAAAGUUUCCCGUGCGCAUUCUAAAUGUAUUCUGCGCAGUUGCCAUUCCACAGCCUGAAAAGGCUUUCAUAGGUGUAUAAUCCUGACUUGAGGUGUUGCAUGCAACCAACUACAGCUUGUCUAGAUUCGCUUCCACGGCAUACUUUUCAGUGUGCAGAGCUUUGAUGUUGCACACAUACUUCUACAGUUGUAAUUUAGAAGUGUUUUGAUUUUACUCAUAUACUAAAAAAAAACAUUCUGGCUGGAUUCCUGGCUUGUGCGAGCUUUGGUGAUGUUAGUGUGUACAUCUUCAUGAUGAUGUCACCUGCAUCCCCACAGCGUUGAGCCAGAUUCGUGCGUGCAGACGUCAACCCCCCCCCCCACUCUCCACCUCGGCCGUGUAUCCCGCGCGGGUAGUGCGCGUACAGAAAAUUGUAACAUGUCCCCAAAUGAUUACAGUCUGAAAAUGUUAUCCGUGUAAUACGGUUUUCAAGUUGGCUAUGAUUGUUUGACGCAAUUUCAAGAUUUUUUUUUAAGAG